CUCCCAUCAUGCUUUGCGCGCACCAUUUCCGUCCUGCGCCGCUCGCGUGUCUUCCGCAGCGCCGCCGUUGUUUGAUUGAGAGAAACUCGACAUGGCGACAGAGGGACCACCGGGAACCGAAGUCCUGCCGUCCGAUUUAGGGAGCGCUAUCGCCGGGUUGAACACAUGGAGCCACCAGGAGCUUCAGGGGAAGCUGGCGGAGCUGGGAGCGCCAAACAUGGGUAAGAAAAGCCGCAGAGAGCGCCGAAGAGAGGGUUGUGUUUAGCUAACGAGUGCUAAUGCUAGUUAGCUCAGUGAACGCAGCAUAGUCGUUGUACAGAGACUUUAAAACUAGGCCUGUGGUGUGUUUACACUUUAUAAACUACUUUAAUUGUUGCAUAUCAUGCAGAUUAACUACUAAUAUGAUGAAAAAUGUGUAACAUGCUCAUUCGAACAUGUAGGCUAACCUAUAUCUUCGAGCUUAGCUGUGGUCACAGUUCAUGUUUGCUGUUAUAUCCUGAGGGCUUAGCAAAACUCUUCAAGUCUAUGUUCAUAAAAACCACAGUACAGUGUUAUAAGAUGUGUAAAAUCUCAGUUCAUUAUAGUUAUUCUCAUUUUCCAGGUCCCAGAGAGGAGCUGAUUGACAGACUGAAGGGCUACAUGAUCCAGGUAUGACCUCAGAACCAGAGUCUGAAUUCACAAACAUGGAACAACUUCACCUCUGUAUACAUGCUGCUCUCAUUCAAACCUCUGAUGUACUUUUAAUGGAUUUGUUUUCUUCUCCAGACUGGGAUCCUCCUCAGCAAACCUAAUGAUGACAAACAAAUGGGCCCACAGGUAUGUCACAUACAUCAAAUGGAGACAGUCACUAAUGAUUGUCAUGUUUAUUUUUACAGGAAUUACUUUUACCUUAUUGACUUUUAGAAUUAUGACAUAAAGGGAUAUUCCGGUAUAAAUUAAUUUAGGGUCACCGAGUUAGACACCCCCUUAAGAGAUGAAUGUUGCCGACCGCUUGCUUCUCUAGUUAUACCAACUUUAGUAACUACCGCAGGAUAGCAAUACAGAGAGCCACAUGCUCAACCAAAAUGCCACUCUAUAGCCACAAAUAAUGCUCAGAACAGCACCUAACCUUAUCAACAGGACAUAUAGGGUCCUAGCCCCACCACUUACCAAACACCUUUUUAAAUUUGCCUAAUUUAUUUAGCAAAGAGUCUAAACACAACUCACCUACUCUCUUCUAGCAGCUGCUUGUUUGUAGGGAGACCUUGGGCCAGUCCAUUACAGACUAUAGUGGGGUGACGCAGCUCAAGGAAGAACAUUUAUGAUCAUUUCUUCAUGGGAAUGCAAUCAGACUGAGACGCUAAGGCAGAAGAACUACCGCGUCUGCAGUGUAAAAUGAUAAAUAUGAUGAUUAUUACUCCAAGGAAAUGAUAAAGAAAUGAUCAUAAAUGUUCUUCCUUGAGCUGCGAAACUCCGCUGUAGUCUGUAAUGGACUGGCCUGAGGUCUCGUUACAAACAAGCUGUUGCUGGAAGAGAGUAGGUGAGUUGUGUUAAGUCUCUUCGCAUUAUUUGUGGUUUGAGUGGCGUUUUGGUUGAUGUUUGUUUAUGGCUCCUCAGACUGCUGUGUAUUGCUAUCCUGCGGUCGUUACUAAAGUUGGUAUAACUAGAGAAGGAAGCGGUCGGCAACAUUCAUUUCUCCAGGGGGUGUCUAACUCAGUGUUACGGUGUGUUUGACUCUAAAUUAAUUUUACGCCAGAAUAUUCCUUUAACAGACCAGCUGGAAGCUCUUGUGAGUGGAGUUUAGCCAGUUAGGGAGCAAAACUGGGGCCUAUAUGUGACCAUCAGAAGCAAGUAAGACCACCAGGCUCAAGAGUGGUCUUUUAGAUCGAGUGUUGUUACAAACAGAAUGACGGUUUGAACAUAGUUUCACUUGAAGACCCAUUUUGGAUUUAAAAUAGUAAAUGGGGAAAAGUACAAAACUAAGACCUGAUUGCUGAGAUUUUGGACCAUAAGGUGGCGCUGUAUGAAAAACAGACAUGACUGAAUAAUGGAAGUCUCUGCAUGGAUUCAGAAACUGUUGCUGCAUCAUCUGUAAAUGUAGAUUUAUUUAUUUAUUUAUGUCUGCAGGAGAUUCAUGUCAAAAUCAGGUUUUGAUGAACAGAGGAGGUUUCUGGUCGGCCUCUAAGUCUCUCAUGUUUCCUCUCCUUCAGAUACCAGGGAUGCCUCCCAUGCCCCCCAUGCCCAUGCCCCCCAUGCCUCCAGGUAUGGGAAUGAUGCAUUCAAUGAGCAUGAUACCUGGCGGGCCCCCUCCACCCGGCAUGCACAUGGGCAUGGAGCCCCCGGGUUUGCCCCCGCCGGGCCUGUCGCAGGACGAUCAGCUGAAGAUGGUGCAGCAGAGAGCGGCCAUGGUGUUACAGCAGGAGGAGAGAGCCAAGCAGCAGGUGGGGCCGACUGCACCCAGAUGUUACCGACUCUUUCUCCUUUUUUUCUAACUAUUAAUUUCAUCUUUUAAUCACAAACUGAUCUUUCAGCAAAGCUUUGAGCACCAAUCUUAAAACAUAAAUAAAUAAAAUAAAAAUUCUGCUUCUGGCGGUCAAAUGAAGGUGACGCUUCCAGACGAAUCAUGAGGACCUUCUGCUUUUUUUAAGAAAUUGCAGGACUCAUCUCAGGCUUUUUUAACUUGACUGUUACUCGGACGUUAUUGUCUCCGUGUAUCACAGGGUGAACCCCGUGUCAUGGAUGAACAGGAUCUUCUGGAGCAACAGAAGAGGGUGAGACAUAAAAGAUAGUCCACCUGUUAGAGAAAAUAGCAACCCUGGGGAUUCAGAUUCACUCAACAAACCCCUUAAAGUCCUUGAGUUCCUGUAGAGUGUUCUCAACGCGUAAACGAUCCCCUUAAUAUUAAAUAGAUAAUAAACAGAAAAGAUCUUAAACCGUCUUGGAUCAGGUAGGGCUUUCUCCUUUUUUCUCAUCUUUUUUCCCUCCUAUCCUCUUGAGUCUUUUUUCCUGAAUCAUGUGAGUAACUCCAACCUCCCGUCUUCUACGUCAGGCUGCAGUGCUGAUGGAGCAGGAGCGUCAGCAGGAGAUGGUCAAGAUGCAGCAGGGUCCAGGGGCCAGAGGCAUGCCCACCGUCACCGCUAUCAGAGGUAUUUUUUAAAAUUUUAUUCUCUUUUUAUUGUUUUUUUUUUUCCACUUUUAUAAACAUACAUUAUAAAAACAUACAAAACCAAAAGAAAUCCCACCCCAAACUAAAAAUGAGCGAUGCAUUUUAUAUAUCUACAUAGACGUAAGAUGAAAAAAAAAACAAUAGAACAAAGAGCCGACAGGAGACAGGUAAACAAAGGGCACAUACAGAAAAUAAGUGAAAGGGCAGACAGUCUGUAUCUUCCAGGUGUAAAUGAUGAAUUAUAGUUUGUGUAAAAAGGAUUUCAAAGGUUCCCAGGUUCUCCAAAAUUUUUCAGAUUUCUGAUGAAGAUCAUGAGUCAGUUUCUUGAGAGGAAUAAGAGCAGAAAUCUUUGAUAUCCACAUGUCGACUGUAGGGAUCUGGGGAAACUGUCUGGGACAUAAUUAAGUCGACAGAAAGAGGGAGUCAAUGGAAACUGUUUACCGGUGACCUCCUGGAUUACAGAGUGAACCCCCUAUCAGAAAGUCUGGAUGUGAUCAGAUGACCAAAACAAGUGAAUGAAAGUACCUUUGUGCGACUUACAUUUAUAACAAAGGUUGGCGAUGCCAGGGGACAUCAUCUGGAGGCAAACAGGAGUGUGAUAAAGGUGGUGAAAGAGUUUAAAGUUCUGUUCACGUAUAGAGAUUGAAGUACAUUUAGGAAAACCCCACUGCAAAUCUUGUCCCAGUCUGCACGACUAAACAUCACCUUCAGAUCCCACAGCAGCUUCAGAGUCACAACCUGAAGAAUCAGGAUAAAGUAGUGAAGUAUAAAUCUUGGACAUGAGUCCUAUAAGAGGUUUUUUUGAGCUACUUGGUCGCUUUGUCCACUUUCAGAUGUUUCUGAUCCUCUUUUACAAAAUCAAAGGUUUGCAGCAGUUCUUUAGAGCCCAAUUGACAAACUUUUGUCUCGCAGGUUUGGAUCCUCGUGGGCCGCUGCCUCCUGGUAUAACCUCAAUGCCGGUGCAGAAACAGAGAGUUCCACCUCCUCCUGGAGAAGAUAACAGAGAGGUAAACCGUCUGUCUGAGCUUUUUACACAUUCAGGCUGGUUAUUACACUUUCUGGGUUACAUCUGUAAGGAUGUACUGAAUUGUAAGGAUGUCUUUUUGCUCUUUUUCCAGAUGUGGCAGAGCGAGGAGGUGAGCAUCAGCGGGCCGAAGAUCCCUCAAGCUCUGGAGAAGAUCCUCCAGCUGAAGGAGAUCAGACAGGAGCAGCUGACCGACCCCGCAGGUCAGAACAGAGGGAUCUCUUAUCUCUAAGGGCCUGAAUGAGAAAAAUAUUCUUAUUCUCCUAAAACUGAGGUUGAAGAUCUGCACUUUGUGUUCACUUUUUGUUUUCUUAAUAUCAGAAGAAGAGGAUGACGAAGGAGCAGAGAUGGACAUGAACAACUCGUCUGCUGCAGUCAUGUCCGAGACGGAGGAGGACGAGGGACAGAUGUCCAAGAAAGAUGUAAGUCUUUUCUCGCACCAAGUUCUACCAACUUUUUAGAUAACCUUUCUCUCUUUUUACUGUUUUACAUAAAAGAAUAAUUCCUGAAGAGUUGGAGAUCGGUUCUCAUAAAUUACAGAAUGAAACGGCUUUAGCUUUUAGUCUCUAAACAGAAGAACUGUUCAGACAGACUCUUUUUUUUCCAGAUGUAAAUGUUUAAAAAGGUUUUUCAGAGUUGUUUGAAUUCUCAUUUUUACCUUGUACCUCCAGAAAAACCGCAGGCGCAGAAACCGCAAGAAGAAGAGCAAGCAGAAGCGAGCGCAGGAGAGGAAGGAGCAGGCCGAGCAGCAGCAGGAGCAGCAGAAGAAAGAGGGAGGAGGCGACAAGGAGAAGGAGAAAGAGAAGGAGAAAGAAAAGGAUGCAGAGGUGGAGAUCGAGUACAUCACAGAGGAGCCGGAGAUCUACGACCCCAACUAUAUCUUCUUCAAGAGGAUCUUCGAGGCGUUUAAGGUGACUCGAGGACACUUUCGACUCUUUCGAGCGCUGUACAUGGGUUUCUUUUUCUUACAAGCUUCUGUUUUUGUCGUCUUUUCCAGCUGACUGACGAUGUGAAGAAAGAGAAGGAGAAGGAGCCGGAGAAGGCCGAGAAGCAGGAGACGGCUGUGCUGCGCAAGAAAGGGUUUGAGGACGAGAAGAAGGACAGCGACGACAGCGAUGAGGUUCGAUUCUGUUCGUAUCUCUUAAAAAAAUUAAGCAGUAAGAACCGAGUUUUGUUUCUAAUAGUUUUUAUUUUGUAGGAAAUCCGACCAGACGUCCCCAAACUCUCCAAGAAGAAGCUGAGGAGGAUGAACCGCCUGACUGUGGCGGAGCUCAAACAGGUAAAACAAAACUCUGACAGAUUCUUUGACUACUAUCCUACUUUUACUUUCUAAUCCUCACCCUCUUUUUCUUGUCCGUCUGUGCUGCAGCUGGUCGCUCGCCCAGACGUGGUCGAGAUGCACGACGUGACCGCCCAGGAGCCCAAGCUGCUGGUCCACCUGAAGGCCACCAGGAACACGGUGCCGGUCCCCCGCCACUGGUGCUUCAAACGGAAAUACCUGCAGGGAAAGAGAGGCAUAGAGAAGCCGCCGUUCGAGCUCCCCGAGUUCAUCAAGAAAACGGGGAUCCAGGAGAUGAGGGAGGCGCUGCAGGAGAAGGUGCGGCGCAGACGCUUCAUGAACGUCUUCUGUUUGUAGGAGGAAUGAGUGUUUGAUGACUUUUUGUUUCUUCCGCUCGCAGGAGGACGCCAAAACUAUGAAAACCAAAAUGAGGGAGAAGGUCCGACCGAAGAUGGGGAAGAUCGACAUCGACUACCAGAAGCUGCACGACGCUUUCUUCAAAUGGCAGAUCAAACCCAAACUCACCAUCCACGGAGACCUUUACUACGAGGUUUGAUAUGUGAUCUUUUUGGACAUUUCUCUCCUCAUUUAGUUCCUUGGUGCACCCUGAAUUCAGCAGUCAGACCCUCAAGACGAUCCAUGAAGUGACCAUCUUUGUGUUUUUGUGUCUUUGCAGGGGAAGGAGUUUGAAACCCGCCUGAAAGAGAAGAAGCCGGGCGAUCUGUCUGACGAGCUGCGCAUCGCUCUGGGCAUGCCAGUGGGACCUGUAAGAUCCACAAACACGAUGAUAACAGCUUCUUAAUUGAGAUUCAAAGUAUUUUCCAAAGAAGUGGGACGGAAUUUAGAAAAAAUGGAGCACCCUGAGUGUCGCUCUGGGUCCAAGUCCAACAGUUUUAGCUCUGUCCCUGUUUUCUUUGAGUUUCAACAUCUCUCUCUCCUUCCCUAGAACGCACACAAAGUCCCGCCUCCCUGGUUGAUCGCCAUGCAGAGGUACGGCCCCCCUCCUUCAUACCCCAACCUCAAGAUCCCCGGACUCAACUCCCCCAUCCCAGACGUGAGACACCUGCACAUAAACACGAAUGAUUUUAAAAACACUUUCAAAGCCAAAGGUUUUAUUCUCACCCUCGUUUUUACUCCUUUUCCCGUUAGAACUGUACGUUCGGUUACCACGCCGGAGGCUGGGGGAAGCCGCCUGUAGACGAAAUGGGCAAACCUCUGUACGGCGACGUGUUCGGGACCAACGCCGGAGACUUCCAGGUCAGGAUUACACGAUUGUUUUCAGGAACCGAAACUCUCAAUCAGGAGGAAAAAGGUCUGAACUAUCAUCACAUAUUGAUUACUCAUGUGGUUGUUUUUUUUUUAAUAAAAGGCUAAAGCAGAGGAGGAAGAGGUUGAUCACACACCGUGGGGCGAAUUAGAGCCUUCAGAUGAGGAGUCGUCAGAGGAAGAGGAGGAGGAGGAGAGCGAUGAGGAGAAACCAGAUGAAACUGGAUUCUUCACGCCGGCUGACAGGUUUUUAAACCAUCACCUUCUUGAUUAAUCUGCUGUUUUCUGUUCACACAAAGACGCGUUCACGGACCAGCACAGGAGAACUCUAAAUGAAUUGGUUCUUGUUGUUGUGUUUGUGUUUCAGCGGGCUGAUAACUCCUGGAGGCUUCUCAUCGGUACCCGCAGGUAUGGAGACGCCCGAGCUGAUCGAGCUGAGGAAGAAGAAGAUCGAGGAGGCCAUGGACGGGUGAGUGUUUCCGCUGUGGUGUCAUGGAAAUACAUUUAGCAUGAUAUCUACAAAUCAGCAGUGAUAUAUUUGAGAAAUUAUAAAGAGAAAAUAAACAGACUCCAUCUGUUCUUUUAGGCCUAUAGGAAGAUAAGGUGAUUAAAAAAAUUUAAAAAAGAUAUAUAACCCUCAAUUUCUGUUAAUUUUAAACUCCAUCCAGCCUAUUUAUCUCCAAAGCAGACAUGCAGAUAAGUGCUCAUAAAAUAAAAAUUUUUUAACAUUUAAAAAUUUUUUUUUACUCAAAUCUCUUGAACAACUUCAGCCCUAAGCAUUAAAAAAGUAAUGAAUAAAAAAUUUGAUGUAUUAACCUUUUUGUGCCAGUUUUUGUGCAACAUGUCAUAUUUAUUCAUGAAGUGUGCGUUCUAAACGACGCGGAAAAACACGCCAUUUUCACCCCCUUUUCUCGAGCCUCUACCCCUCCCAAAUCAAAUGCGACCGAAUUCAUUUGUUCAUAUUAAAUUGAUUUUAUAUACAGGCAUAUAAAAUCAGAAGAUAUAUGUAAGAUAGGAAUCAUUUACACGUGGUUAACCACCUCUGACCAAAAUAUGACCGCAAUUACGCUGAUUGCGCGCAUGUAAAAAAUAACAGCAUAUUUGGGACAUGAUAUCUUCUCACCUAAAGAUCCGAAGGACCUGUGCAUCCUCAUGCAUGUCCAUCCACUUGCUCUGAAGUGAGGUCCAAAUGUCCCCCUCUCUUUGUCCCACACUGCAGAACUUGGACGUUGGAUUAUCGACUGUAAAAACUGCACUCACGGCACGCCCAGUUAUAAAUAUGGGCGCAGAAACGCACACACGCAGGAGCAGACAAACAUAUCCCACUCUUAAACAUCCAUAUCUUGUGGCGUGUAAAGUUUCAUCCAAGUCUGAUGAUUUUUAGUGGAUGAAACAGCGCUUCAAACACUCUCAGUCUAUGAAUGAACUCUCACCAAAUUUGAUGCCCCGUUCUUUUUUUAAAAAUGUGACUGUCAGCUCAAAAAAAGAUUUAAAAAAAUGGCAAAUGUCCACAAAACGGACAUAGUAGGAACAGAGGGUUAAUUACUCAUGUCUAAGAAAAGCCGAAAAACUGAGCUUUGAUCUCUCUCUCUCUUUGUAAAAACAGAAACGAGACGCCCCAGCUGUUCACCGUUCUCCCAGAGAGAAGAACCGGUGCUGUAGGAGCCGCCAUGAUGGCCUCAACGCACAUCUACGACGUGUCAGGGGUAAGAUGACUGUGAGAGAGUCUGACGCGUCAAAGUGGACUAAAACUGUUGUAGAGCUUUGUCCAUAAUUAAGCCUUUACUCUCUGUCCCCGUCAGGCCAUGGCAGGUCGUAAGGCUGGGGGAGGGCAGGAGUCGCAGGGCGUAGAGGUGGCCUUGGCCCCAGAGGAGCUGGAGCUGGACCCCAUGGCCAUGACGCAGAAAUACGAGGAGCACGUCAGAGAGCAGCAGGCCCAGGUGGAGAAAGAGGACUUCAGCGACAUGGUGGCUGAACAUGCUGCCAAACAGAAGGUAUACAGACGACACAUCCAUGACAGUUUUUCUAAGUGACAGGCCUUUGUGUAUUGUACGACUUUCCCCUAUCAAUAACCCACAUUAUCCUACUCUGUUCUCUGUAACAGCAAAAGAAGAGGAAGGCCCAGCCGCAGGAUACAAGAGGCGGUGCCAAGAAAUACAAAGAGUUCAAGUUCUAGAUCAGAGAGACGGAGACGGAACUCUGCAGAGGAUGAGCCACAGCUGGAAAAUGAAAAAAAAAAAGGACAGAGCGAUGCUUAGUUUUUUACUCCAAAGGAUAUAGACUGCAAAACCAAUCAUCUGUUAGACUAGCAGAAAUAAUGUGUUUUUUCUUUUAACAGAUAAAAGUACCCGACUUCUCUUGUGAUGCAUUUCAUCAGAGUCUCGUAUCGAUCAUAUUUUCUCUGUUCGGCUCUUGAUUUUUUUUCAACUGUAACCAUUUUUUUUUGUAAAUAAAUGAGGUCAUGACAACACUGA